CGGAGGAUCUCAUUGCAAAAGGAAAAGCCCCCAAAUUUGUUGUCGUCUCCGUGCUCGCUCACUGACUCACAGUCUUAUAUUAGGGUUUUCAUCUCAAUGUGGCUGGGGACAGCUACUCCAGUGUGCUUAGGCCAACGCUGUCGUCUUCCCUUACUCCUCUCCGACGCGUUGUUAUUGGCCAGUAUUUAACAUUCAGAGAAUGUCAAAUUUGUUGAAGCUGUUUCGGAAGCUUGUGCAGUGUUUUUAACAUGUGCUAGUAGUGUCAUGAGUAAAUGUUGAGCACUCAAAAACUGGAAUUGCCCCUUUUAUGUGUAAAGUAAUUUGAAGUAGCUCAAGGUCCUAAUUUUUUUGAUGCUUGGGUCAUAAAUGUAUUGCUCUUUAUGUAUAGUUUGGUUGUAGCAAGAUGCACUUAGCAUAAGCAGCAAGAAUAAUUUUUCUGUAGAAUGCUGCCUUCUUGUAUGUAAUGCAGUCUACAGAGGCUGUUUUCUGGUGGACUUUGUAGAGGUCUAAAGCAGGUGGAAAAGACCUUGGUGAGUUUUAUAAAACAUAGCUAAAACGGGGUCGCUUUGUUGUGUGGCUGCAAGGCCACAUGGAUCUCAUACAGCCAGUAGGGACUGGUCAAUGGGUCCACACGAGCCUUACUGGCGAACUAAUACAAGCUUCUCCCCGCCCCCAUCAAGAUGGGAUUUCCAGUUCCAAUCUGAAGGACUACAACAUGGUUCACAUGAUGGAAAUCAACAGUAUGGGUCCUCUUCGUCAUCAAACAGUAAAGAAAGUAGGAGCUGGUUGAGAGGCAACCAGCUUUAUAGUCACCAGUACGCAUCUGAUGGUACUGGAAUGUUUUUGAGUAGUUCAUCUGACCUUUCUCAGGGUCCUCAAUGGACGCCUCCUGCAAUACAGGAAAUCAGAGUUGAUGAUUUUGAAUCUGCCUCUGCAAGAAGAGGUAUGGCUUUGGGUGCAUCAUCAUUUAGACCUACCAUGGAGGGAACAUCAGAAAAUCAAGAUAGUGGGGGCUCCACCUCGUUCCGUUCAGACAGCAGCGAGUCUGAACCCAAGUCACGCUCAUCCUCACAUCGCACCUUUUCAGGGCGUCGAUCUUUUAUGUCUAAACCUGUUCAUCCCUUGUCCUUCCCCAGACAAGGAGAGGUUUCUGACUUCACUGCUGCUGGGUUGCCAGAGUUUGAUUCUGCCACUCAAAGAGAUGCCCAGAGCUGGAGCAGUGCUAGCAGCAGCAUUGAUUUUGCAGAUGUUUCAGAAACAUUUGAAUCUGAAAUGAGCAAUCGGUCUUAUAAUUUGUCCGAUGGUGUUAGAUGUGGCUUGUGUGAAAGGUUUCUUACCCAGAGGUCCCCUUGGAGUUCUCGUAGGAUUGUGAGAAGUGGAGACAUGCCAGUUACUGGGGUCCUUUCUUGUUAUCAUGUUUUCCAUGCAGAAUGCUUGGAACAAACAACACCCAAGGCCCGUAAAAAUGAUCCGCCCUGCCCCCUGUGCCUGAAAUUGGAGGAGGAAAACUGCCCUGAACAGAGAAGCUGUUCAAGAUCAAGGGCUGGUUUUCUGAGGCUUAGAUCCUCUAAUGAGGAUGGGCCAUCAAGACAUUGGGGCUGUGUGCAGGUGGGAGAUUGUGUGGAAAGUGCUUUGCAUGUGCCGCCGCGUAAUGCUAUGCUUUUACUUAACAGGAAUCGGAUUAAAAAGAAUCUUUCCUUGAAGGGUAAUUCGAGCAAAGAGUUUCCUGGAAAGUUAAGGAAAAGUGGGUCCUAUUCUUCACAGCAACUCAGUGUAAGAUCAAUCGAUCAGGGAGCUGUUGGGUGUUCAACAUCAAAGGUUAUAGCAGGGCCAAGCAUGAAGAACUGAACUGAAGCAGUUAUGUAGAUAAAAGGGGAAAACAUGAACAUAACGCUGCUCUUCAAAAGCCAUUUUUCUCAUACACGUUAAAGUCUGCUUGCUUCCAAGUCUUCAGUGUAGAUGAGUAAAUUCUUUUUAGCAAUGUGAUUGGUUAACUUGGUUAUGAUGUACUUGUAUAGAUAUAUGAUUGUGUUAACUGUGGGCUGCAAAGUAGACAGUUUUUACAUUUUCAAAAUGUUCGUUUGCCUUC